AUGGGUUACCCAGAUCCCUUAAAAGCCUCCAUAAGAAAGGUGACAAACAAUUGCGUCACUGUCUCAUGUCCCUUUAAAAUUAUUGGGCUCAAUAUUGGUGGCCGGAUGAGCAUUUUGAAUUAUAGUGGCAACUUAAUUGUUUGGUCACCAAUUCCAUAUAGGCAAGAGAUCUUCAAUCUUGCAAUUAAGGAAUUGAUGGGUGAAUCCCCCUAUCAAAUUAAAUAUGUCAUUGUUGCUAAUAAUGAGCAUAAUUUGCAUGCCCAUGAGUAUAAAGAAAAGUUUGGUAGUUGUAAAAUCAUUGCCGGAGAAACUGUAAAGUUAAAGAAUGGAUGCCAGAUAGAUCAUAAGCUAAGCGUUAAGUUUUAUGACCGCGUUAUCAGUGGUGAUGACUGGGUUGAAAAAUUGGAAAUAGAUGAUUCAUUCUUUGCCCAAAAUUUAGAAAUGUUGUGUUUGAAAAAUCAUAGCGGCAACGAUAUUUGUCUAUUUGACAAACUGACUAAGAGCCUAUACGUUGGAGAUUUGGUUUUUAACCUAGGAGUUCCCGGUACGACUUCCGGACACGUACAGUUGGAGCAAUAUAGCGAAGCUACUGGCUAUCCCAAAGGUUUCAACCCACAUGGGGGGCUUUCCUUUAUCACUAGAUAUACUCAACCGCGCAGUCGGGUUUCUCAAUGGCUAGCUUGGAUUCUUGCUGGUACGAGAACGGAGGCUGCUAUGGCUGAAAUCAUUUCCCAAGACACCUCUUGUAAUAUUUUAAAAAUGCAUACAGAUAUUGUUUGUGGAGCUCUCUGGAGCCCUGGCUACUGUCAUCUUAGUCGAGAGCUUUACCCAGUGCUGGUCUACGCUGGAGUGGUGUGCUUGCGCAUAGCAGAGAGAGCAUCUAAGUUUCCUUCCUACUCCAAGACUCAACACUGA